AGAUGCUCCCUUCGAGAGGCCACUGUCCAGCCGAAUCGGCUUGAUACGCUGAUGCUACGUUCCAACCGGGUCACUCGUGGAAAGUAUAUCUUCUCGCCACGUCCGCUUCAGGAUUUCAACCCUCCCCUCUCUCUCUGGACGUCAGAUUUGACCCGUCCGAACAUUUCAAGCACGACGUCUCGCCUUGCCGAACCAAACCCCAUUUUCUGGGAGCUGGAUGAGCUAAGCGGAAGCGGAAAGAUCAGAGCUUCCCAAGAUGGCCUGGUUCGGAAGAUUCGUUCAACUCGCCAACGUCAAGAACUCGGCGCGACCCACCAAUCCCAACCACUUCCUCACGUCCCUCUCGCACUUCAGCUCCACCGCCGGGCCGGCGCCGGCGGCCGCCGUGCGGUCGAGGCAACCAAACCUGGCCCCAACGAGGCCCGACGAGAAGCCGAGGGUGGUGGUGCUGGGCUCGGGCUGGGCGGCCUGCCGGCUGAUGAAGGGCCUGGACACCAAGGCGUACGACGUGGUGUGCGUGUCGCCGCGGAACCACAUGGUGUUCACGCCGCUCCUGGCGUCGACGUGCGUGGGGACCCUGGAGUUCCGGUCCGUCGCCGAGCCCAUUGCGCGGAUCCAGCCCGCCAUCUCCACCGCGCCGGGGUCAUAUUUCUUCCUCGCCAAUUGUACUGGGGUCGAUCCUGACGAUCACUCGGUGCAAUGCGAGACUGUAACUGAUGGAAUCAGCAGUUUAGAGCCUUGGAAGUUUAAAAUUACUUAUGACAAGCUGGUUGUAGCAUUAGGAGCAGAGGCCUCAACUUUUGGAAUCCAUGGUGUGAAUGAGAACGCAAUAUUUCUACGUGAAGUGCACCAUGCACAAGAAAUCCGCAGGAAGCUGCUCCUAAACCUGAUGCUAUCUGAUGUGCCUGGUAUUUCAGAGGAAGAAAAGCGGAGGCUCCUACAUUGUGUUGUUGUUGGAGGGGGUCCGACAGGUGUAGAGUUUAGUGGUGAACUGAGUGAUUUCAUUAUGAAAGAUGUUCAUCAAAGAUAUGCACAUGUGAAAGACUUCAUCCAUGUUACCCUAAUAGAGGCCAAUGAGAUAUUAUCUUCCUUUGAUGAUCGUCUCCGGCGAUAUGCUACAAAGCAGCUGACAAAGUCUGGAGUUCGUUUGGUCCAAGGUGUUGUGAAGGAUGUCAAAUCUCAGAAGAUAAUUCUCAAUGACGGCACAGAGGUUCCUUAUGGGCUGUUGGUGUGGUCUACUGGUGUUGGUCCCUCACCUUUUGUGAGAUCUCUGCAACUUCCAAAAUCCCCAGGAGGGAGGAUUGGUGUUGAUGAAUGGCUUCGAGUUCCUUCUGUUCAGGAUAUAUUCGCAAUUGGCGAUUGCAGUGGGUUCUUGGAAAGUACUGGCAAGCCAGUCCUUCCAGCUUUGGCCCAGGUCGCCGAGAGACAGGGGAAGUAUUUAGCGGAGUUACUAAACAGUGUGGCUAAAGCUGGAGGAGGGCGAGCAAACAGCAUCAAAGAAAUCGCAUUAGGAGAUCCCUUUGUCUAUAGGCAUCUCGGAAGCAUGGCCACCGUUGGGAGAUAUAAAGCUCUGGUGGACCUGAGGCAGAGCAAGGAGGCAAAAGGUUUGUCCCUGGCAGGAUUUACCAGUUGGUUUAUCUGGCGCUCUGCUUAUCUAACUCGCGUGGUAAGCUGGAGGAACAGGUUCUACGUGGCCAUAAACUGGUUCACAACUUUCGUUUUUGGUCGCGACAUAAGCCGAAUAUAGUCAUCAGGGUCCAACACUUUAGAUUCAUUGAUUCAGACACAUACCAGCAUCGAUACUUUCUCCUUCACCUUUAGAAUAUUGAUGACAUGGUAGCAAUAAUGCUUAAAGGUGUAUAAUUCUCUCUUAAUAGGCGUGGAUUUACGUGUUAUUGUAUAGUCUUGGCAUUUUUUACUCAAUGCAGAUUAGUAAGAUGACAUUUCAUCUGUGCGUCUUA